AUGAAGACGCUCCAGAUCGUCAUUCUCGCCCCCGUGCUGCUCGUGAACGUGGCGACAGGAUUCUCUGUGAACAGGGGGGAGAAAUUCGCCUCAUGGGAUGAUGUCAACGUUGUGGGCCAUGGCCUGCUGCAGCUGGGUCAGGGCCUCAAAGAGCACGUCGACAAGACCAAAGCCCAAAUGAGAGAUGUCCACGGCCGCCUGAAAGCCUUCAACGACACAAUCGCCGCACUGGAGAGAAAGCAGCGCGAGCAAGAAGAAGCCCUGAAGGCCAGACGGGAGGAGGAGGAAAGGAUGGAUGGGGAAGUGGAAGGGGUCAUGAAGCAGUCCGAUGACAUCCACUCCCACAUGAACAUGCUCCAGGAGAAAGUGGAUGAAGUGCUCAAAGAGACACCUCACGUAAACUCCAGGGACAACUCAACAAUGUCAUUCAUCCAGAGAGUCAUGUCAGUGCAGAAUAGACGCAUUGACCAGCUGACAGACAAGAUCAGGCAGCAACAAGACAAACUUGACAAGCAGAGUUUAUACUUGCAGAUGCUGCAGAACAAGGUUGCACAGAGGGCAGUGAAAUUCCACAGUCGCAGGGAUGAGGAGACUACACUGAUGGAUGACGCGACGCCCAGUGAUGCCAAAACAGGUUUGGCUCAAGACUGCCAUGAUCUGUUUGUCAGAGGACAACGGGAAAGCGGCAUCUACACAAUCCAAGCACAGAACUCGCAGGCAUUCAACGUUUUCUGUGAAAUGACCUCAGAAGGUGGAUGGACUGUCAUCCAGAAAAGACUUGAUGGGUCCCAAAACUUUAAUCAGCUUUGGGAGAGCUACAAAAAAGGCUUUGGCAAUCUGAAUGGUGAAUUUUGGUUGGGCUUGGAGAACAUUCACACCAUUUCCGAACAAGGCCAGUACCUGCUUCAGGUGGAAGUCACAGAUUUGGCAGGAGAAACUCAAUCGACUCGCUAUCGUGUCCAACUUGAUGAAGAGGAGAAAAAGUACGCUCUCCACCUCGAGCAGGACCCUCUGUCCGCUCUGAAAGGGGAGAGCUUUCUGACGGGAGCCUCGGGCCUUCCCUUCUCCACUGCCGACUGCGACAAUGAUCUCAACGUGGACGUCAACUGUUCUGAGCUUCACUCAGGAGGUUGGUGGUUCAGCAGCUGCGGCACCUCAAAUCUCAAUGGAAAAUUCCCCAAACGGUCGAGCCCGCUCAAGUGGCAACCCAGGAAGAUGUUUUGGACCGACACAAAAGGACACAAACACACUUUGAGGACAACACUUAUGAAGAUUGCCCCCAUUUCAAUAAACCAACAGUAG